AUGUUGAGCUGCUUAGAAGGAAAUGGAGGCAAUCAUGUUCGAGAUAAACUUGCAGGAGCAAGAGGCGCCUCUAGUACUGGCAUAGGUCACACCCGAGACACUGGCGACAGUAGACAGAGUGCAGGAGGCAACGCUCACAAAGUCCAAUGCGAAGGAUGCGAUGUAGGUGACACACUUGAUGGCCAUUUAGACAGUGUUGAUAGGGCAAACGGUGAAGACAUUAGAGGAGGAUGCCUUGGAAGUGACCUAGGUGAACAUUGUUCGGGUGAGGUUAAGGGUGCUCCAGGCGCUGGUGAGGCACUAGGUGGCUAG